GGGGUUGUCUCCUUGGAGGAAAAGGGGCAGAGGGUCUGUGAAUUAGCGCGCAGGCGCAACGGCGCGCGAGCCGACCUUAAAAGCCCCCAAAUUCUCCGGAAGCACGCCCUCCUCCUCCCCGCCCCUCGCAACUCGAGCCUAGUGCGCUUGCUCAGCGGAUGCGCCGGCCGCCAGCUUCCCUCUUCUGCGCCUGCGCGACCGUGGUUCCUCACUUCGUCUCCCCCGCCCCCACCACGAGGCUGACCCGUGAAGCCCCGCGAGCUCUGAAAGGGCGGGAAAGGCAGUUGGCGAGGGAGGGGCGAGCGGUUACUCACUCCAUGGCGGCGAAAAGGCGAGGAGGCAACGGCGGCGGCGGCCUCGGCUGAAGAGACGGUGUGAGCGGAGAGUGAAGGCGCGAAACCUCCCCAAGGUUGCAGACGCUGACGGAUUUGCCCCAGAGUCGAAGUAGCUGCCACCUGAAGAUUCCACAACCAUGAGUGGAUUUAACUUUGGAGGCACCGGGGCUCCUGCUGGCGGCUUUACAUUUGGGACCGCAAAGACUGCGACCACCACACCUGCCACUGGCUUUUCCUUCUCUGCUUCUGGCACCGGCACCGGAGGGUUUAAUUUUGGGACUCCCUCCCAGCCAGCUGCGACCACCCCUUCCACCAGCCUCUUCUCACUCACCACACAGACCCCAACCACACAGACCCCAGGAUUCAACUUUGGAACAACACCUGCUUCUGGAGGAACAGGCUUCUCCCUGGGGAUCAGCACCCCAAAGCUCAGCCUGAGUAACGCAGCUGCCACACCAGCCACGGCCAACACUGGCAGCUUUGGGCUUGGCAGCAGCACCCUCACCAAUGCCAUCUCAAGUGGCAGCACCUCCAACCAGGGGACAGCCCCCACUGGCUUUGUCUUUGGCUCUUCUACCACCUCUGCUCCGUCCACCGGCUCCACUGGGUUCUCAUUCACCAGUGGCAGUGCAUCCCAGCCUGGAGCCUCUGGCUUCAGCCUUGGCUCUGUGGGUAGCUCUGCCCAGCCCACAGCACUGUCUGGCUCUCCCUUCACACCAGCCACUCUGGUGACUACUACAGCAGGAGCUACACAGCCAGCUGCUGCUGCACCCACUGCUGCCACCACCAGUGCAGGGUCUACACUCUUUGCUUCCAUAGCUGCUGCUCCUGCCUCAUCCAGUGCUACAGGGCUCUCCCUCCCAGCUCCGGUGACAACUGCAGCAACUCCUAGUGCUGGGACUUUGGGCUUCAGCCUCAAGGCCCCUGGAGCAGCUCCUGGUGCCUCCACCACCAGCACCACCACUACCACUACCACCACUACUACCACUGCUGCUGCCGCUGCCGCCUCUACCACAACCACUGGCUUUGCCUUAAGUCUGAAACCCCUGGUGUCAGCUGGCCCCAGCAGUGUAGCAGCUACUGCUCUGCCUGCCUCCAGCACAGCAGCUGGGACUGCCACAGGUCCAGCGAUGACCUAUGCACAGCUGGAAAGCUUGAUCAACAAGUGGAGUCUGGAGCUGGAAGAUCAGGAGCGGCACUUCCUGCAGCAGGCCACACAGGUCAAUGCCUGGGACCGCACACUGAUUGAGAAUGGGGAGAAGAUCACCAGCCUGCACCGAGAGGUGGAAAAGGUGAAGCUGGAUCAGAAGCGACUGGACCAGGAGCUGGACUUUAUCCUGUCGCAGCAGAAGGAGCUGGAAGACCUCCUGAGCCCAUUGGAGGAGUCAGUGAAGGAGCAAAGUGGCACCAUAUACCUUCAGCACGCUGAUGAGGAGCGUGAGAAGACCUACAAGCUGGCUGAGAACAUUGAUGCUCAGCUCAAGCGCAUGGCACAGGACCUCAAGGAUAUCAUCGAGCACCUGAACAUGGCUGGUGGCCCUGCAGACACCAGUGACCCAUUGCAACAGAUCUGCAAGAUCCUCAAUGCACACAUGGACUCUCUUCAGUGGGUGGACCAGAGCUCUGCCCUGCUGCAGAGGAGGGUGGAGGAGGCUAGCCGUGUAUGUGAGGGCCGGCGCAAGGAACAGGAGCGCAGUCUGCGCAUUGCCUUUGACUAGCCACGCGUGAGUGGGGGGAGGGGCUCCUUGGGUUGCAGGGCUGCUGCCUUUCCCGUGGUUGGUUGUUGAGAAAAAUGCUCUUUGUUUUGAUUCCCUGUUAUCAGAAGUGUUUUGCAAAGGCAUGAUGUUCAUGGAUAUAACCUGUGUGCUCUGGAGACCAAUGUGAAGGUCACUGAACUCUCGGCCAGCAUUUAAAGAACAAGGGCAAGUGGUGAAUCCAGCGCUCCCUUGCAAGCUUCAGCUCUCCUUGUGGCAGAACUCAUCCUUCAGCCACUCCAGUACUACUGUGAGGGUGGAUAGGUGCUCCAGACGAGAGACUCACCUGGGGUGGAGACAGGCUUCUGUGCGUCUCUAAUUCCUGUCAAGCCCGUGUCCUCCAGAGGCUCUGGCACAUAGAGUGGAGUCACCAAAGCACCACUUUUGCACUGGCUACCUCUCACUCCUAUCUUGUGCGCUUCUGUGGCAGGGACUGACUGCUGAUACGUCUUUGAGGCCAAAGUGGAUGCAGAUUUGCUUCUGAAUAUCCCAGUGUCAAACCUAUCUUAGAUCCACAGUGGUGAAGCUGGCAGUCAUGUCUAUUUUAUUUCUCUGCACUCUAUUGUAGCCUUUGUGGUCCCUGAUCAAAAUGUUUGUUGCUUUUCUAAAUAAAGGAAGAUUUGUGAAACCAGACUUGCUGUGAGUAUGGGUAGUGGGUCCAAGCUUUGGCAGGAUAGGGCAGGACACAGCUGGUGUGGUGGUGGUACUCCUAUGCCGCCCGGGUUGGAAGCGCUGGCUGAGCCAUAGGGCCCAGUCUCUACCUUCAUGGGGUGGGCAGGCUGCAGGUGUGAGAAGAGUCCUGUCUACCAUUGUGCCUAAGUGGUAAGUCAUCCAUUACCCUAAUACGUGCAGGUGUCAUUGUGAUGUCAUCAGCAGUGGGAAAUGAACACUGAGGGGUGAUUUCCAGAUGCUGGUCUCACUUAGGCCCGGCACUUGGCUAUAGGACUGGGGGACCUUGAACCAGCAGUGGGGCCACUUGGGUCAUGUUGGGUCAUGUUGGCACAGGAGAAAGCUGGGGGUGGGAUGAGCGGCUAGAUAGAGAGGUAGUCGCUCAGUGGCUAAGAACACAGGUUGGCUGCUCUUCCAAGGACAGGACCCUAUUUUGAUUCAAUGCACCCACGUGGUAGCUUACAACCACCCUGUAAUUCAGUCCCAGGUUAUCUGACCUCUUCUGGGCAGCUUGGGUACCGUCUGCACAUAGUGCAGAGAUACACAUGUAGGCAGAGUCAUAAAAUCUCAAAGCGUAAAGAACUGGCAUUGUGAACGCCUGUCACCCCAGUACUCUGGAAUUCCAGAUCAUCUUGAACUACAUUGCUACAUAACCACGUAGAGGCAGGGCCAGUGAACUGGGAGGACGCAAGUCCUGACGACCCCAGUGGCCUUCCUGUGAUGUGUGACAUUUCAUUGGUCUAAGACAGGAUCCCCCCACUCUAGCCCAAGUUCUUGAAUUGUUGUGAACUUCCUGCCUUAGCCACCUAAGCUCUAAGACUAUGGGCAAGACACUACAGCCCAGCCCUGCACUCCAUGACUUGACUCCCAAUUGAUUAUGAUGCUUAGGUCUCAGUUCCUCUAAAGAUGUGUCUUAUAUACAUGAUUGUCAUUGGUGGGCUCAAACAAUAAGGGUGUGCGUUUUAAUAAAAAUGCAUUUUAAUGUGUG